AUGACGCAAAUGAAGAAGGAGGAUAUCGAGGCACUGGGACCCGUCUCAACGCACUCCCAACAAGGCCAGGUCUUGGAAGACUUGAACACGUCCUACGAUGCCGUUUUUGGUGAAAUCAAAGAGGGUGGUCCCAACUACCGCAACGUUGGCUGGAAAGGAACAGUAGCCCUCAUGAUGAAGACUCAAAUCGGUCUGGGUGUCUUGUCCAUUCCCGGUGUCUUUGAUGUCCUUGGCAUCGUGCCAGGCGUGAUUGCCCUGUGUUGCAUCGCCGCCAUCACUACGUGGUCUGAUUACAUUGUCGGUGUCUUCAAACUCCGCCACCCCGAAGUCUACGGUAUCGACGACGUCGGACGCCUCCUCUUUGGUCGUGUUGGCCGCGAAUUCUUCGGCGUCGUUUUCUGUCUUUACUGGAUCUUCGUUGCCGGCUCUGGCAUGCUCGGUGCCUCAAUUUCCCUCAACUCGAUGUCUCUUCACGGUGCAUGCACCGCUGGCUUCGUCGCUGCGGCCGCCGCCAUCGGAUUCUGCUUCGGCAGCAUCCAGACCCUCGGAAAGAUUACCUGGUUCGCCUGGAUUGGCCUCAUCUGCAUCAUGUCUUCAAUCUUCACCCUCACCGUUGCCGUGGGUGUCCAGGACCGACCGGCUGCCGCGCCCCAGACGGGCCAUUGGACGUCGGACUACAAGAUCGUCGGAAGCCCAACCUUUGCCCAGGCCUCCUCGUCGCUUUCGACCCUCGUCUUUGCCUUUGCUGGCACCCCUGCCUUCUUCUCCAUCGUCUCUGAGAUGCGUGACCCUCGUCACUACACGCGCGCUUUGAUCAUCUGCCAGACCGGCGUGACGGCCACCUACAUUGCCAUCGGAUGCGUCGUGUACUACUUUUGCGGUUCCUACGUUGCUUCGCCAGCUCUUGGCUCCGCCGGUCCGACCAUGAAGAGAGUUUGCUACGGUCUCGCGUUCCCCGGCCUGGUUGUUACCACCACUCUGGUUAUUCACCUGCCCGCCAAGUACAUCUUCAUCCGCUUGUUGCGUGGGUCCCGUCACCUGACCGAAAACACCAUGAAGCACUGGGGCAUCUGGCUCGGAUGCACCGCAGGCAUCACCAUCAUUGCAUACAUCAUUGCCAGCGCCAUCCCCGUCUUCGACGGCCUGGUGUCCCUCGUCGGUGCACUUUUCGGCACUCUCCUGUCUUUCCAGCCAAUGGGCUGCAUGUGGCUGUACGACCACUGGGCCGAGGGCAAGAUGGACAAGAGACCUCGAUGGAUUGCCAUGGUCUGCUUCAGCUGCUUUGUUGUCAUCAGCGGCACCUUUUUGAUGAUCGCUGGAGCGUACGGCUCUAUUGUUGGUAUCAUGGACAGCUACAAGAAGUCUGGCGGAUCGGCCGCGUUUUCUUGUGCCGACAACUCCAACUCCGUAUCCUCUGCCCAUUAG